CCCGGGGAGGGCUCUGGGACUCUGCGGUAAUGGAUAGUCCUGGCGGACUGGGCACGGCUGAGGUCCCCAGACCAGAACUGGAGAGGACGUUCCGGGCUCCCUACCCCACCCAUGGGGGAAGCACCUGCCUCCUACGCGCCCUCACCUAACCAGAGCGGGGAUUUCCUCGGCCCCUCCUGCUCGCCUUGUUUCGAGAAAAGUGAAAGUGAAAGCAGGAAGAGGAGGCUUCGAGGUUGAGGAGAUCGCGGCGCCAUGAAGCCCCUGUUCCUGCUCCUCGCUCUGGCUUUUGGUUUGGGGACCACCGUCUCGGCGGGACCCGCGGUGAUAGAGUGCUGGCUUGUGGAGGAUGCCGGCAGGGGCCGCCUGGCCAAGAAACCGGCCGCAUUGCUGCUGCGUCAGGGCUCAGGGAGAGUACCUCCCCGGCCGGACCUCGACCCAGAGCUCUACCUCAAAGUGCAUGACCCCGCGGGCGCCCUCCAGGCUGCCUUCAGGCGGUACCCCCGGAGUGCUCCCGCGCCACACUGCGAGAUGAGCCGCUACGUCCCGCUCCCCGCGUCAGCGAAUUGGGCCAACGACCUGACCCCAGAGAAGAGUUGCCCUCGAUCCCUGGACGGGACUUGGUUUAUGGUCAGUAUGUCCAGCCCGGUCCUCAGCGUUUCCAGCCUCCUGCGACUACAGUCCGAGCCUCAGCCGGAGCCUGCACUCAUCACCAUGGCAACAGCUGUGCUGACUGUCCUCACCCACACCCCCAUCACUCGAGUUCGACUGGGACAAGAUGCUCUGCUGGAUUUGAGCUUUGCCUACAUGCUUCCCACCCCAGAGGCCACUACAUCUCUGGCCUCAGGUCCCCCUCCCUUUGGGCUGGAGUGGCGACGCCAGCACCAGGGUAAGGGGCACCUGCUCCUGGCUGCAAAUCCUGGGCUGGAUGGGCAAAUGCCACCUGCCCGAGAUGGGGCAGUGGCAUUUGCUGCUUGGGAUGAUAAUGAGCCAUUGGGUCCAUGGACCGGAAAUGGGACCCUCUGGCUGCCUGCAGUGAGGCCCUUCCAGGAGGGCGCCUAUAUGGCCACCAUACACCUGCCAUACCUGCAAGGGCAGGUCACCCUGGAGCUUGCUGUGCAGAAGCCCCCCAAAGUAUCCAUGAUGCCAGCACCUCUUGUAUGGGCUGCCCCCGGGGAGGCACCCCCAGAACUGCUCUGCCUUGUGUCCCAUUUCUACCCCCCCGAGGGCCUGGAGGUGAAGUGGGAGCUCCGAGGUGGCCCAGAGGGCAGCUUUCAGAAGGGGGAGAAUUGGCUCUCAGCCUUGCGCCAACACUCAGAUGGCUCUGUCAGCCUCACCGGGCACCUACAGCUGCCCCCAGUCACCUCUGCACAGCACGGGGCACGCUAUGCCUGUCGUGUCCACCACCCCAGCCUGCCUGCCUUGGGGCGCAGUGCUGAAGUCACCCUGGAGGUGGCAGGUCACUCUGGACCCUCCCUGGAGGAUGGGGUAGGCCUCUUCCUGUCUGCUUUUCUGCUCCUGGGGCUCCUCAAGGCACUGGGCUGGGCAGCUGCCUACCUGUCUACUUCCAAGGAGUCAAAGAAGAAAGCACAGUGAAGGCUCUCAACACCACAUUGGGGAGCCACCAUCAUCCCUGGCCUGAGCUGCUGUAGAAAUCCCCCCACAAAUAGUAUGCCAUCACCUGCUUCUGCCCCUUCCCAUCUCUCUCCACUGAGCGGCUGGAAUGCUCUUAAAAAGACCCAAAUUGACAGCAUUCACUUUCUUAAGAGCUCUAGGGCAGUGGUUCUCAAAAUGUCUGGUCUCAGGACAUCUUAAAAAUCAAGGACUCUAAAAAGAUUUUGCUUAUGUGGGUUAUAAACUAUAGAUAUUUAUUAUACUAGAACUUAAAACUGAGAAAAGUUUAAAGCAGAAUACACAAGCUCACAUUCCAUUAGCUGUAAGGGUGAUAAUGUCAGUAUACAUUUAGCUUCUGGAAAAUGUCACUGUACACUUUUAAGAGAAUGAGUGUGAAAAAGGCAAAUAACAUCUUAAUAGUGUUAUGAAAAUAGUAUUAACUUCGUAUACCUAGUGAAAUACUCUCAGGGACCUCUGGGGCAGAGCCCACACUUGAAGAACCAGUGCUCUCAAAAUCAAGGCCAAAUCCGUUCUUCUUGCUUUUGGCAUACGCAUUUCCGACGAUGGAGCCCCUGCUUACUUCUUCAACCCUCUCAGUGCUCUUCACACCGACUGCUACUCUUUUCCUCUAUUGGCCUUCCAACCUCCUUGGGUUCCAGAGCUCUGCUCCCCCUGCCCGGUCUGCCCUCGCUCUCCCUGGGCUCCAGACCAGGUCAGCCUCGUCAUUUCCCUCGGACCACCGCAUGUCCCUCUUGUGCGGUUCACCAUGGUUGUAUUUAAGUGAUUGUGCGAGUCAUCGUUAAGCCUGUCUCCCCUCCUGGACUCUCAGCUCCUCGAAGGCAAGAACAAGCCUGUCUGUCCAGUGCUGUAUCCCCCGCGCCCGCGCUGGGCCUAGCGCCCACUGGAGGGCGCUCGGUAUAAGAAAUUAUAGUCUUUUCGCCCUAAGUGUUCAAAAACAGGCGUGGGGUCAAAUAACUACUAGACGAAGGAAUUGGUGGCUCGACGUGGGGAACUUCGAGGGGCAGGGCGGUGGGCCAGACUGACAGAGGGAACGGGUCUAAUCUGGUGGGAAUAAAGUUGUGUUCCAGUGCUUCCAA